AUGAGACUAUUUCUCAUUCGCCACGCCGAGACGGUCCAUAACGUAGGACAGGAUUGGGCCGGCACCACCGACUCGGCCCUCACAAACCAUGGCGUGCAGCAAAUUGAGUGUCUAGCACAGCAUUUCUUCUCGCAGUCAAUUCAAUUCUCUUUUGUGUUCGCAUCGGACCUGAGCAGGGCCCGAAUCACAGCAGAAGGCAUUUGUUGCCGACAGACCGCUCGAGCAGACCUCGGCGUAACGCCGACAUUGACCAAAGAUCUCAGAGAGAGAGAUUUCGGGCCGUUAGAAGGAGUCUCAUGGGGUCCUUCUCAUACUGCUUCCGGUGACCGUCAUACAAAACCGGGUCGUUCUGGUAGCGGAUUUCCAUCGCACACCGAGCCUGAGUCUGAAGCCUCGAUGGUGCGCCGAGCGCAGUCCUUCCUCAAUGAGCAUCUUCUUCCAGUACUCCUCGAUGGCACAGAUCAUGAGGAAGCAGUGGCUGUCGUCUCCCACGGCGUGUUUCUUCGCGUGCUGUGGAAUUGUGUCCUCCAAAUGUUCAACCCCAUGAACAUCCAGGCAUCCGGUAUUACCUCGUGGGAUGGCAAUUUGGCCAUAUUUUCUGCGCCAUCGUGGUCCAAUACGGGGUUCUUGACAGUGUUCAUACAACCGAAUCUUGCAGAGGCAUCUAAUACCAAUACCGCGUCCGUGGACACUCCCAUUCCAGCCCCACAGCCGCCUUCAACUGCUCUUUUGCAUGGGUGGUCACUGGUCAUUUUGGGUGUCAACAGCAAAGACCAUCUCACUGGCUUACAUCGCACUCGUGGUGGAAUAGGAAGUGCGGCGCAUGACACACGGCAGAAAAGGCUCGAUCAAUUCUUCAAAUAG